UCAUACAUUUUUUUUCUUAAACGACAGCUACAAUUGAACUUUUCUGCAGAGCCUGAGUAUCCUGGACCCCCAGUAUUUAUUAGUUACCAGUGGGAAUCUCAAGAAACUGUACUUGAACUUCGAAGAAGGCUGGAACUUGCUGGGUAUCCUUGUUGGAUGGACGUUGGUCAGCUUGGAGGUGGAGACUCUCUUUACGGAAAGAUUUAUGAAGGCAUCAGUGGAGCAAAGGUGGUAAUCUGCUGUCUAACACCACGAUAUGCAGCCUCUCCCACGUGCUCUCGUGAAGCCAGCUUAGCUGAUGUUUUAAGAAAACCAGUUAUUCCAGUGAUGAUGGAGCCAACUCCGUGGCCACCCCCAGGACCACUGGCUAUAGUACUUAAUUCACUGGUGUAUGUUGACUUGUGUGGAAUCGGAGGACAUGGUGGUAGUGGCAGGCAGGCUGACUGGGAGCAGAGAUUUAAUGAUAUCACCGAAAGAAUUUUUUAUUAUGUUUCCUGUGAUGUUUCACAGAGGGCGCCACACACUCAAGUAAAGAUUUACUCACCACCUCGAGCCACAAUAGCCUCAGAAUACUGGACUGGAUCUAUUAAUACAGAAGGUGGACCAACUAGUUUAGAAGAGAGAUCCCAGAGAAGAUCAAGAGAAGAUAAUAGCUCAAUCUCAUCUCUCAAUCUCCAUGGUAACGAGACAUUGGAAGGGAAUGAGACCCCGAUGGCUUGGCGCCAUCCACGAGGACAAAACAGAGUCACACAGUGCUUGAUAUGCGUAGUACUUUAAGUUGAACUCGUUUAAAGUACAUACUUACCCAUCUUUAAACAGAUAAUAAUAAAUACUUUGGUCAUUUAACUUAACGCCACUUGCUGACGUUUCUAGUGAAAUCACUUUCUUUUGUCUUUAGCUUUUCAAGGAAUGUAACCUUACAAUGCUUUCUCGUUUUACAGUGGCGAUAUCUGAGAUCCAACUUUGAUUAUUAAUGUUACUAGAAUUUCCCUGACAAAGAUGGUAGGAGGUCUUCGCCAGUUAAACUGUUCUGGCGGCUAGUGUGUGAAAUAACACAACCAGCGAUGAAAACGUUAAUAAAUCUAUUUAUGUAGCUUACCGAAGGUUCACCUAUCAAGAAAAAAACAACUGUACCAUUGCCUUGAAAACGAAGCUAAAACACACAAUAUUAUUUUCGCUUAAAACAUUGGAUCCAAACUUUUUAGUGUGUGUGUAUAUAUAUAUAUAUAUAAAUACAAUUCUAAGUUGUAUGUUGCCAUCUUUCAAAGGGAAACUACAAACUAUUUUAAAGAAAUUAACUGCUCCUGUUUAAUUUUAGCAAGAAAUCAAAACCCUCGUAAUUACACUAUAUUUUGUAGAUCCAAUCUCCAUUAAUUAAUAUAUAAAAAUGAUGAGAAUGUAUAAUAGGUAUCUGAUAUAUUAUUUACACAUAAUUAGGAUUUUUUGUCCAUAGUUUUAUCGUCUGCCCUAAAUGUUUCAUAUUUGAGAUUUGAAGAACAGCUAAUCCUUUCGAUUAUACAUAAUAAACUAAAUGGAGCAAAUUUGUUUCCAUUAAAUGUAAACCCAAACUCAAGGAGAAACUAAUUUCCAGACAUAUUUCGCUCAUCAUCCGUAGCGCCAUCUGUAGAAGUUAUAUAUUAGAAUAAAAUAUUUCAGUCUAUUUUAAAUUUAUUUUUCUUUAUUUCUCAUAUGAAUAAUUUAUUUAAUAUUGCUAUAUGUAGUUAUUAUGAGUGUGCAUAUACGACAAAAACAAUAUACUGCCUAAUUUAAUCGCAGAAACACUAUUUCGAUUUUCACCCAAAGGUGUAAAAAUAAUUAUAUUCGUAGUUAUUAGUCAUUGUAUUGUUGCCGUUAUUCUUACAAAUAAUAUAUCAUUUAUGUAAAUCUAGUGACUUCCACCAAAGAUAUGAUUAUAAUUUCAAGCAAGACAAUUUAAAGUAGGCGAAAGAAGUAGAAGUUAUUUAGCAAACAGUUUAUAUUAAUGUGGUUAUCACGCUUGUGAAAACCUUGGCGGGAAACUAAAUGUGAAAAACUAUUUACAUUCUCACAUUUGUAUUUUUUUUUAUUUGAACUUAGGUAUUCAGGCCGCAUUUCUCAACCAAUGAAAGUCUUUUUUCUGUAAAUUACUAAUUACGAAAAUUUGUAGCAAUGAAAGUCUUUUUUGUUCUAAAUAUACCCGUCACUGUAAAUUACUAAUGACGAAAUUUUGUAGCAGUGAAAGUCUUUUUUCUUCUAAAUAUACCAGUCACUGUAAAUUACUAAUGAUGAAAAUUUGUAACAACGAAAGUCUUUUUUCUUCUAAAUAUACCAGUCACUGUAAAUUACUAAUGAUGAAAAUUUGUAACAAUGAAAGUCUUUUUUCUUCUAAAUAUACCAGUCACUGUAAAUUACUAAUGACGAAAAUUUGAAGCAAUGAAAGUUUUUGUUCUAAAUAUACUUGUCACUGUAAAUUACUAAUGACGAAAUUUUGUAGCAAUGAAAGUCUUUUUUCUUCUAAAUAUACCAGUCACUGUAAAUUACUAAUGACGAAAAUUUGAAGCAAUGAAAGUUUUUGUUCUAAAUAUACUCGUCACUUUAAAUUACUAAUGACGAAAAUUUGUUUAGAUGAAUCGUUAAUUAGAUAAGAUCAAAUGUCUUAAUUAUAUAGAAUUAUAUAGAAAUUUAAAA